AUGUAAUUGUUUCUUGACUUUGAAGACUAAUAAAAUGAAUUGAUUAUUGGAACUCUAGCUGUUUUAUCAAUUUUUUUGAUUCUAUUUUUGUAUUUUAAGAGGUAAAAUAUAGAUUUAGAUUUAGAUAAGUUGUAGAGUAGAAAACUUUGUAUGAAAAAAGCUAUAUAAAGUAAACUGCAUAAGAGUUUGAAUAAAAUAAAUAGUAACUAACUUAAUAUCAUAUAUAAAAAUUAUAAGAGGAUCCAAAGUUUAAAGAAUGGAAAUCAUAAUCAAAAAAUAUUUGA